AUGAAGCUCACUAGCUCCGCUCAUUACUCUAUUUUCCUUCUAUCGUCAAUCCUUGGACUAUCUAGCGCAUCAUAUUCUUCCCAUUUGGAAGAUGACGCUCCAUGUGUUGCCCGCUCCCCGACCACCGGGUUGUACUUUGACCUCAACGCGAUCUCAUUAUCCCCGCCCGAAAUGAAGGGCGGCCACAAACUCUCGAAAGAUGCGCGGGACAACAGCUGGUAUGCCAAGGGUCAUGACUACCCGGCCAAUUUUACAAUCAACAUCUGUGCGCCAGUCAUUGAGAACUUGACAGACGUGGUCGGGAUAGAGUCAUCGCGGUGGAAGAACGUCAGUGCAUAUUACGAGCGGGAUAAUAAGAGAUAUUCCAUAGGGCAACAAGCAUCUGAACCUUUCUUCCGCGGCCGCAAACUUGUCCUCAAUUAUACCAAUGGCUCGCCUUGUCCAGAGGCCCAUAAUAUGGGCAGUUCCAAUGUCUCUACGCGCACUAAGUCGACUAUCAUGUCUUUCCUUUGUGACCGCGACGCUGCGCCAAACGUGGCCACACCUUCCUUCGUCGGAAGCAUGGAUGAAUGCUCGUACUUCUUCGAAGUCCGCAGCUCGGCGGCAUGUGGUGGAAUCGCCGUAGAUCCCAACGCUGGCGGUUUGGGACCGGGCGGCGUAUUCGGUGUGAUUAUGGUGAUCGCCAUCGCCGUAUAUCUGAUUGGUGGCUGCGCCUACCAACGAACUGUCAUGCAUCAACGUGGCUGGCGCCAGUGCCCGAAUUUCAGCCUGUGGGCGGGUCUUUUCGACUUUGUGAAAGUAAGUAUUCUAGCUUUGAUCCCAUGUUGGCCUAGUCGCAGAUACAGAUAUGGCAAGUUCGUGUCACAUAAGUUUCGGGAUUCAAAUGGGGCAGCACUACCUGUUUCAAGGUUAGAUUGA